CUAGGGCGUCGGACCGGAGCCGGCUGGUGUGCGGGCGACCCAGUGGAGCUGGCCUGACCUUGGGGACUUUGGCUAUCCUAGGAGAAUCCAGUUCUCAGCCCACCAGGAGCCGAGGCAAUGGCCUCAAAACCUGAGAAGCGCAUCGCCUCGUCUGUCUUUAUCACCCUGGCACCCCCACGUCGACACGAGGCUGUGGCUGAGGAAGUGAGGCGGGCAGCUUGUGAGGCCCGGCCCGGCCGCACCAGGGAGUCUUCCGCCCCCAUGAAGGCAGCCGGGGCCGGCUCAGCAGAGAGGCCCAGUCUCUGGACGGCCCCCGGCAGGGCCGCAGCCCCGGUGCCAGCUGUGCCGCCUCAGCUCUCCAAUGGAGGAUGCUCUCUUCCUCCUCCAGCCCUGGAUGGCGAGGACGCACUCCCCGACCUGGACCUCCUCCCACCUCCGCCGCCGCCCCCACCCGCAUACCUGCCACCUUGCGAUGACCAGCCUCCAGCCUCAAUGGGGGCGUCACUCAUUUCAGAUUUAGAGCAGCUGCACCUGCCCCCGUCCCCACCACAGUCCCUGGCGGAGGGGGCUCCAUUCCAGCCUCAGCCCGGUCAUCUCAGGCCUGCGGAGGAGAAGUUGCCGCCUCCCCCAGCAGAGCCUGUUGGCUUGGCUGAGAGAGAGGCAUCCACAGACAUCUGUGCCUUCUGCCACAAGACCGUGUCCCCCCGAGAGCUGGCCGUGGAAGCCAUGAAGAGGCAGUACCACGCCCAGUGCUUCACGUGCCGCACCUGUCGCCGCCAGCUGGCCGGGCAGAGCUUCUACCAGAAGGAUGGGCGGCCCCUCUGCGAACCCUGCUACCAGGACACCCUGGAGAAGUGUGGCAAGUGUGGUGGGGUGGUCCAGGAACACAUCAUCAGGGCCCUGGGCCGGGCCUUCCACCCAGCCUGCUUCACGUGUGUGACCUGUGCCCGCUGCAUCGGGGACGAGAGCUUUGCCCUGGACAACCAGAAUGAGGUGUACUGCCUGGAUGACUUCUAUAGGAAAUUUGCCCCUGUGUGCAGCAUCUGUGAGAAUCCCAUCAUCCCCCGAGAUGGGAAGGAUGCCUUCAAAAUCGAGUGCAUGGGAAGAAAUUUCCAUGAAAACUGCUACAGGUGUGAGGACUGCAGGAUCCUCCUGUCCGUGGAGCCCACGGACCAAGGCUGCUACCCCUUGGACAACCGUCUCUUCUGCAAGCCAUGCCAUGUGAAGCGGAGUGCCGCAGGGUGCUGCUGAGAGCCCCACCAGGCCCUGGGGCCCUGAGCCACCCACUGGCCCUGGUCAGGAGGGGGGGAUCCUCCCUGCCUCGGUUUCCCUUCCUGACCUGCUCUUGCACACUUUCCUUCCUAGCCACGAGGACCAGCCCGUCAUGUCUGUGACCCCAGCUCAGGAGUGGGUGGCAGGCAGAAGGUGCCUCUCAGAAUUUUGCCUCCUCCUCUCCCCUGGGCGUAGGAAGUCUUCAUGCGUGAGUGUCGCACCCUAGGUGUGCGCUCUGAGCUCUGAGCCUCUGGCCCCUCUUGAGCGCUGGCCUUGACCCCAUUUCCAGGGGUGAGUCGGGGCGAGUCUCUGGGAGGCACCCUGUGUCCCUAGCAAUGACACUUUCAUUGUCCCGUAUGAGGUGCUGAGAUCAGCUCUGCCUUGCAGGACUGAGCUGUUUGAGUAAAACUCCAAGGUCCCUUAAAAAGCACUUUUAAAAAAAAAGUGAGGUUUAAAUGAUGGGGCACAUUUUUUGUAUUUUUGGGGGGGUCAGUCUUAAUAGGUAAUGUCUUCCAUGCGUUCAUAAAUGUACAAGAAGGUGACCUGGUUUUGGCACAGCCAUGGACUUCUCAGCUGGGUGACGUGGAGCCCGGGACCAGCUGUAAACCCAAGGAGCAGAGGCAGGAGGGGAGUGCGAGGUAUGGGACAGGCAAGGCAGCCUCUCCACCCUGCCCCCUGGCGCUCCUCCUGCAUGCAACAGUGAGUCAACAGACAUUAAGUACCUGGUGUAUGCUGGGAACAAGGUGCAGGAGCUCUGAGUGUUCUUCCUGCAGCCUUGACUGGGGCCGUGCCACACCCCCAAGCCACACGCACACGCGCCCCUCCAGGACAGUCCCUCGGUUAUCCCCCUAAGUUCCCACUUGGGCCCUUCUGCCCAGGCAGCCCCGUGACCACUGCCUCCUCAAGGCCACACCUAGAGGAGACGUCUUUCCUUUUAAGGAAAAUCACUUUCUUUGCUUUGUAACUUCUAGACAUUUUCAGGGCAUGGACCAAUGUCCAUGCAAGAUGUGCUGUCCUCCCUGCAGCCGUCUCAGUGUCCCACCCACUCCUCUGAGCAUGCCCGCCUCCACAGACUGGGGGUGCUUCUCCACGGAACCCCUCAGGGGCUGCAGACCAGAGUAUGGCUUCCUGCCCAAAGCUUAGAGCAGCGAGUCCCCAAACCAGGCAUUCACAUACCAUCUACACAAUUUUUGUCCUAACCAAGGACCUCCUAUUCUCGUAUUUCCUUAACAUUGUCUUUAAACCAACAUACUUUUAAAGAUUCACUUCCAGCUGUAGUCUUGUGCUAAGCAAUAUAGCUAUGCGGUCACAUGUUGAUGUGCUAGUUAUGUUUUUUCCUAUCACACAUGAAAAUAAAUGCAUAACUAUUAGAAGUC